AUGGAUAAGCUAAUUGAGCAUCUGGAGUUCAACAAUGCUGUUAGUCAGAUCCGACAUGCUGCAUUUGUUAUUGGUGAGGAGUUCAGCCACAACGAGAUGAAUGCGGAGUUGGAUUCCGGUGCUAAUGACUGCAAUGCCAUUGAAUCCCAGUCCAGGCAUUUGGAUAUGGCAGGGAUGCAGCAGCUUUGUGCUCUAGAAGAUGUUGGCAAAACUCAUGACGACAUGCUAAUUGAAAGGACUGAUGGAAGUGGUGGUGACAAUGGUAGUGGUGGCGUUGGUAUGGUGGUGGGAGGCGAUGGUAGAGGCCCUCUUGGCCUUUUUCAAGAAACGAAUAAUGUAGACGAUUUAAAGAAUCAAGUAUUUUAUAGGUUUAUUCAAAGAACCUACGUAUUGCAUGUAUUCGCACAAGUGUUUCUAAUAUACACUUAUGGUGGAUUUCCCUAUGUUGUUUGGGUUGUGGGUGUGAUGACGACAUGGUCUUACCAUGUGACAUUUCUAGUGAACUCGGCUUGUCAUGUAUGGGGUACUCAAAAAUGGGACACCGGUGAUCUUUCCAAGAAUAAUUGGUGGGUGGCAUUACUUACUUUUGGAGAAGGAUGGCAUAACAAUCAUCAUGCAUUUGAAUAUUCAGCUCGACAUGGGUUAGAAUUGUGGCAAAUUGACCUUUGUUGGUAUAUAAUAAGGUUUCUUGAAGCACUCGGAUUAGCUACCAAUGUGAAGUUGCCAACUGAAGCACACAAACUAAAAAAAUCAUUCUCCUCUCAUAACAAGUUCAAGUGA